AUGCAGCCUCCACAAGAACCGGCCGUCGACGAGCAGCAUCCGGUCGAAUCGACGGGAAUUGGCGGCGGCGGCAGCGAUGGCGAAAGCGUUCACUUUACGGGCUUUCCUGCUGCAGAUCAUCAAGCCGUCGAAUCAGGAUCAGAAGCGGCGGAGGAAUUUCCAGCCCCGGCCGUCGAGAUUUUUCACGAUGAACGCCAGCAGCGGCGGCGGCGGCGUAGCGGUUUCGUAAAGAUCGAUCCUUUUUCCUUUCUUUUUUCGAGAAUUGGAUUCAGGAAUCUAGAAAUUAUGUUUUGUCUGUUCUUCGUGAUUAGUUGUUUGACAUGUAAAUAG